GGCUCUGGCGUGGCCCCGUCCGUCGUCUCAAAAGCGAAAAGCCUCGCGUCGCGCACCAUCAAUCUCUCCAUUCACUUCACCAGAGCGGGGGGAGGAAGGAGGAGACGCUCCCAAGGAACCCUUCCUCAGCUGGCCCUACGCCGCCUGCCUCUCCUUCCUUCCCCACACCCGCGCCGCCGCCUCUCGCUGACUCCCGUCCCCUUGUCCUCCUCCUCCCAGUCACCGGAAUGGCGCCGCGCGGAGGAGAUCCGUCCGGGUUUCUCGUCAAUGCUGUUGGUUUGCUGGUUGUUGCUUUCACCCAUGAGGUGUGUACGUGUCCCCAAGAACUUAAAAAGUGGCUUUUUUUUUCCCUUUUUGUUCAGUUCCUGCAGGUAACUAAGUUUAGCAGAGCUCACAGCGCUGUUCGAUACUUCGAUCGUGUGGCUUCCGCUUGGCUGGAUUUGGGAUGGAUCCAGAAAAGAGCAAUGAGAUGAGUCUGAAGGACAAGAGACAACUAGUAUACGAAGUUUCAAGAUGGCCACAGAGUGCCGCGGAGAUUCUUCAAUGCUGGACCCGCAGGGAUCUUCUUGAGCUUAUCUGCGCUGAGCUGGGCAAGGAGAGGAAGUACACCAAUGUUCCAAAAUCUAAGAUGAUUGCCUAUCUCUUGAAAUUAGUUUCACGAAAUAAUGGACAACUCAAGGAUGACAGUGCAAAUGCUAUAUUAUCAGGGCAGGAUAACAAAAAUGACACACAAACGAAAGAAAAUGGAGAACAAUCACAGCAUUUAAGUAAAAGCGUAAACUCUGACUCAUCAACACGCAGAGAGGCCCGAGCUGGUAGCUCAGUGAUAUGCAGAAAUGUUGCAUGCCAAGCCAAACUGAAUGCAGGAGAUUCAUAUUGCAAGCGUUGCUCUUGCUGCAUUUGCCAUAAAUAUGAUGAAAACAAGGAUCCUAGCUUAUGGUUGGUUUGCAGCUCUGAUAAUCCAUAUAGUGGUUGUUCAUGUGGUAUGUCAUGUCACCUAAAGUGUGCUCUGAAGAAUAAAAAAACUGGCAUUCUCAAGAAUGGGUGCAACAAGAAGUUAGAUUGUAGUUUCUACUGUGUGUGCUGCGGGAAAAUCAACUGGCUAAUGAGGAGUCUGCGGAAACAACUGGCAAUUGCUAGGGAGUCAAGAAGAGUUGAUGUGCUAUGUGAGCGUCUGUCAUUGAGCCAUAACAUGGUAAAAGGGUCUGAACAUUACCAGGAACUGGCGAACAUAAUCUGCUCAGCUGUGAAAACACUUGAAAAAGAAGUUGGUGGUGCAUUGGACCAAGUGUCUGCAAUCAUGGGACGUCGCAUUGUGAACCGGCUUAGUUGCGGUGCUGAUGUUCAGAAGCUCUGUUCGUGUGCAUUAGAAAUUGUCCACUCUACAGUGGAUAACACUUUGGUGUUUGAGUCAAACAAUAAUCUGAAACCCCUAAGUCCCCAACCUCAAAUCUUUUUUGAGGAGAUCAAUCUAUUUUCCGUGGUUAUUGUGUUGAAGUAUCAGGAUAAUGUUGCUAAGGAGCACAUUGAUGGUUGCAAAGUUUGGCACCGAAGUGCCAAGGUUCACAACUAUCCAUCAGAGCCCACAUGCUGCAUACUGAGGCCAAAUACUAAGACCCUAGUUUCCGGUCUAAGCCCUUCAACUGAAUACUUCUUCAAGGUUUUGCCUUUUGGCAGCAAGCACGGAUUUGGUGAGUGGGAGGUAAAAUGCGCUACACGGAGCCUUGACCGUGGUAGCAGCCAGUGCUCAACUCAGAAUUCUGAUAGCGUGUGCCUCAGAGAGGAUUCAAUGCAGCAUCAGAACAAGGAUUUGAAUUUGCAGAAUCAUCAGAGAGCCAUUCAAUAUGAUUCACCUAAGGGUUCUACGAACUCAAGUGAGAACAAUGUAUCCUCUGAGCGGUAUUCUAAGCGGGCUAAGUUUGCAAGGUUAGAUGGUGCAAGUGACAACGAUGAAAGCCAGUUGCCUCCAACAUCUGAAGUUUUACCAUUCACAAGCUCCAACUCCUCUCAUUUGGAACCUCCAAGCAAACCUGACUUGCUUAGCAACACCCCGGAUUCUGCCUCCAAGAAUUAUUUGGAGCAACAAUAUGAGUACUGUGUGAAGGUGAUCAGAUGGCUGGAGUGCGAAGGGCACAUGGACAAUGACUUCCGUGUAGCGUUCCUCACUUGGUUCAGCCUGAAGGCAACAGCGCAGGACAGGCGCAUUGUGAGUGCCUUCGUAGAUGCUCUCAUCAGCGAUCCUGCCAGCUUGGUUGCUCAACUGGUUGAUGCGUUCACGGAUGUCAUUUGCAUCAAGGAGAAGCCCGCUCAGCCUCAACGGAAGAGAGCGUGCUGCAAGCUUUGGCACUAGAAAGUUUCGUCACUGCUGGAAGUCCCACUGCGUGGCAUCAUUUUGACAGUAAUCUUCUGGUGAAGGAUGAAAUGUUGCAUCAUCUGAAUUGUGUUGUUGGCCAAUAUUAGGUGGAUGAACUAAGCUCUGAAAUUUUACUGACAAUCGACAAAUGGUGGUCACUAUCAAGAUACCUAGGUGCUUCAUUUUGGCAUUCUGGUCCAUUCGAUAUCUCAUUUAUUUUAUUCAAAAUUCAGUCGGUAGGCGGACGAUUGGGUUAUUAAAUCAAUCGGGGUGUGAAAUCUUGUGCUGGUAAGAUCUGGUUAAUGAUCCAGGUCUAGCUUUUAGCUGACAUGUAUGAGUGGACAAGCAACUCUACGCAUAAUGCUAUGGUUAUGGUGGAUCUGCAAGUUACUGUUGUGAAAUCAUAUCUUGACUUGAAGAUGUUUCAAGUUAUUGAGCCAGUUCUG